AUGGCAGGCCGUGGCUGUCUGGGGCUGGGAAUCUUCUGCUGGGCCCUGCUGGCCGUCCCCGUGGGCCCCCAGCUUACCUCCCCCAUCCCAGGUGUCCCUCUCACCACCCUGGGCCCCCCACCUCAGAGUGAGGUCUCAGUGCUGUCGCUCAACCUGGGACUUAACUUCAAAUUACACCUUCGGGGACCUGCUGCUGCCUGGGGGAGCCCUGUCACGGAGACCCAGCAGGUGUCCCCCGGGCUGGGCCGGGAGCUGGAGGAAGAGGUGGACAGUGGGCUGAGGACGGACCCCUUUUGGGAACUUCUGGCGGGCUCCCCCGGAAACUCUCCCCCAGAGUGGGGCUCAGCUGAAGGCAGCUCUGUGCCCUGGGCCUCUUCCCUGCCGCUGGCGUCCACGGCCCCCUUCUCUGGGCCCCCGGCCCGGCCCACAGCUCCCUAUCAGCCCUGGAUGGGCACUGUGACCUGGGGCACUGCCCUCACAGCGACAGCGCCUCCAUUCAGUGCCCCCAGACCCCACCAGAGCGAGCUGGAGCUGAAGCUGGAUGUGGCACUGAGAGCAGGUGCAGCCCCUACGCUCGGGCACCGGACGCUGCCCCUGCUGCCCAGCCUGCGGGCCAGCCUGGCGGAGAUUGCUGGGCGCCUGGGACCCUUUGGGUUCUUUGGCACUACCCUCUCCCCACUCCAAAACUUCUCAGGCCCGAGCCCCCAGGGCACAGCUACACCCCUAAGCUCUGCCUCCGGAGUUUCAGAAUCUCCAGGGUUCUUUGGCACCUCUCUGUCACCUUCCCGACACCCCCUGGAGAGGAAGCUGUCAGGCCCAAGCCCGCUGGACCCAGCUGCUUCCUUGAGCUCUGCCGCAAUUGCAACAGAGUCCCUAGACCCCAUCGUCCCCACCUCUGGCCCAGACGACCCCUCUCCCGCCAGCCCAGGGAACCCGUUGGUGCAGCCAGACUGUGAGCCAGAGUCCUGCGGCAUCAGAGAAUUGCCUGGUCCGGAGGGGCAGCCACCUGCUGCGCCGCUGCCUCUCUUCUUGCUAACCCUGGAGGCCAACUGGGCCGAAGCCAGAGCUCGUUGGGGGCUGGCCUGGGAGGCCCACGUAUACGGGGUGGGUGCGCUCUUCGGCCUGGUGGCCUUGCUGGCGCUGCUGGCUCUCGCCCUCUUGCCCUGGCGCUGCCCGCCAGGCGCACCCUGCCUGGCGCUGCUCGACCUGCUCCUGCUCUCGGCCGGGACCACACGGGCCUUCCCGCUCUUCUACGACGCCUACGGGCACCGCGCCCGGCUGCCGGCGCUUGCCUGGCUGCUGCUGCAGGACCUCCCGCUGCCCUGCCUGGCCGCCGGCCUGGGGCUGGCCUGCCUGCUAGGGAAUCCUGGGCACAGGCUCCGCCUGCUGGCGCUUUCCUGCUGGCGGGGCCGGCGGCGGCGGGCUGGGGCGCCCCUCGGGGGAUCUGGCUUCAAGGGCGCCACCCCGCUCCGGCAGGCGCGUAGUCCUUUCGCCCCGCGGGAAUCGUGGCGGCGCGCGGCGCGCACGGCGCCGGUGGCGGGCACCUUCGGGCUGCUGAGUGGAGCCCUGCAGGGCUAUGAGGUGCUGCACGCCCUGGGCUACGGCGGCCAGCCAGGCCUAGAAGGGCCCUGGCCCUGGUGGGCCUUCCAGCUGGGCUUGCGUCUGGGCGAGGUGGGCGUUGCGCUACCCUUGGCGUUACUGGGCCUCUACCCCGCGCUUUGCAGCCCCCGCGUGCCUCCUCGCUGCUGGGCCAAGCUCUUCCGCCUGUCCCCAGGUCACGCGGCUCCGCUGCUGCCCGGUAGCUGGAGCACCGGGCUCCCGGACAAGGAGCCCCCGGGCAGCGCCAUCGUGCGCGGCGAGGCGGAGCUGCUGCAGCUCUGCGCUCUGGCUAGCCCGGGCCCCGACCUCCUCCUCCAGGGAGGCGGCUGCCGAGGCUUCCAGGGCGCGGCGGCCCACCCUGCCCCUUCGCCCGCCUCCUCCCCCUGCAGCGACUGCACCGUGGACUUCCAGCCGCCCUCCCCGAUCAAUCUGCGGCGUAGCAUCGAGGAGGCGCUCUGCAGCGAGGCCCUGCUGGCGCCAGGCCUCUUCCAGGGCCCUGCCUUAGGGGAAGCCCUGCCUGGUCUCGGCCUCUACCGCACCGUCUCGCUCGGUGCCAAGACGGCGACCGCGCCCAGCGGGAGGCCCGAGGAGGCUCCUGGAUCCCCCGCGUCCCCAGAGCCGCCCUCCCCUGGGGCCUGGCCCGCCGGCAGCAGUGCCUCCUCCGGCUCCCUGUACGGACUAUCGCGGGACAGCUCGUCCAUGCUGCUCUGCUCCAGCCCGGAUAGGCCCCCGCGCUGUCCGCUGGUCUGCAUCCUCAGCCCCCCGCGACCCUCGGCAAGCAGCCCUAGUCUCCCAGCCUCAGGGUCCUACCAGGCCCUGACCCCUCCCUCCCGCGACUCCCCGGAGCUUGUCCCUGAGCUGCAGGCUGAGGAGGCCUUGCUGCAGGAGCAAUUCCUGGACGCCUGCCGACAGAUUGAUGAGCUGAGCGUCGGCAGCGACACCAUAGACCUGUGA